AUGGUUGAAGUCCGGGGUAUUCCCAUUUCUCCUUCGUGCAAUUUCGACACGAUGCUCUCCCGAGUAGAGCUCGAGCUGAAGAAGAAGCCAGAGCCAAGAAAAUCCGCUGUGGAACCAGCAAGAGGCCAGCAUCAAUACUCUGACUGUGAUGCGUCAACAGCUGUUCGUCCUACCACGGACAAACCCGCAAAGGAACUGCUGCAGUAUCGAGGAAAGCGAUCUGCUACUAACUGGGACAAUAGCGACUCGGGCAGUUCAUCUCAUUAUGACGAAACUGAGCUAUGUUCGCAGGGUACGGAGUCAACCACGUCGGACUUCUUCAGCGGCUCCGACCACACAUCGUAUGAAAAUGAUCUCCGAAGUGAUCUUAGUCUUUCACCCAAUCAAGAGGGUCCUUCAUUCGCUUCAGGAUUGAGGUCACCACAACAGGCUUUCCCGCCCAUGAAGCACUAUCGCUAUUGUUGGUAUUGUUAUGACGUCUACUCUGCCAUGUGUUUGGCUCAAGGAAAGAACGCUCCAGAUAUUCAUAACCGAGGACUGUGGCGUGGUCAUUGCAUGAAAGAUGCUCACGGUGUCACUACGUAA